UAGCACCACCUCACAGCCAUCUGGGGAGGAGCUAGAGUAGAAUUGCUGCAUGGGUUUCUGGGCCAGUUACAAAAGGUUGCCACGCUCCCAGAGGUUCUUCCUUGGUUUAACUGGGAUUGUCAUUGGGUGGUACGGGCCAUCUUGGAUGACAUACCUCUUUGAAGACCCUGGCAUUCUUGUAAAACCAAGACGUGACACUGAAAAGUAAUCUAGGUAGAUCUGCUCACUUAAUUUUUUUUAAUAUGGAAAAGAAAAAAAAGAAACAUUCAAAGCCCGUCAAUCAGCCAUCAAAAUCUUCAUGGAUGCUCUCCAUUAUAAACAGGGAAAGCUGUACCCUGUGCAGUAAGCUAAUCUCCAGUAUUAGCAUAGCAACCAACAGCAUAUGGAUCCUGGUCUGGCUUGUAUUAAGUAUGGUUGAAGAAGACGUUAAAGAUGACGUCAACUUAUAUUUAAUGAGAGAAUUAAAGCUAGUCCAUCUUGUUGAUAUAUUUAGUAUUUUAAAAGGCGUCCAUUUGUCACUGAUAGUUGUAUCCUUUGCCGUCUUCAUCUGUUACAUGUGUUGCUCUAAUUUGUACACUUUCUACAUCAUUCAGAUAGUGAAUUUGGUUGUCGUAGUAUACAACAUAUUUUUCUUCUACUACAUUAUAUCUACUGGCUACAUAGUCUGGCAUCUCUUCCUACUCUCCCUCCCUCUUCUCACUGUCCGUUUCUUUUAUCACUACUCCGUUAUUAUUUUUCUCGUCGUUGGGUUGUGGUCGAUCAUCUCCUGGUACAAGUUCAAGCACAUUCCCCGAAACAGGUGCUCGGGUAAGCUAGUCUAUAGCUUGGUUGUGAUGCUGCUCUUUGUCUCUGCUAUCGUUUCUCUCAUCAAAAUUGGUUGUUACUCUUGUAAUGUGAGAAGCUCCCUUCCCGGUAAACCAGGUCUCACUGCACACAGGGGCUGUCCUCACUCCCCUAUGCCCGAGAACAGUCUGGCGGCUUUUCGUAAUGCAGCUGAGAUACAAGGUGUCGUCACGCUGGAAUCUGACGUUCACUUGAGUCAUGACGGAGUUCUCUUUCUCCUUCAUGAUCCUACUCUCUUUCGAACUACAUCCUUCAGUAAACAGUGUCCUCAGUUAUCACCAAACACUAUAGCCUCUACUCUUAGUUAUUACUCUGGUCCUUGUCCUUUAGUUAAUCUUACUCUUCUGUCUGGCAGUGAGGACUCCUCAUCUACUGGUCCUGCUGGUCCAGGUGCUAGUAAUGGUAUCCCGACACUUAAGGAUUUACUGGUCAUUGCUAAAAAGAAUGAAAAGAAUGUCAUUUUUGACCUGGCACGCCCGAUCAACAAGUACAGCACUUUUUAUGUCAAUUAUACUCUUCAAGCUGUUUUGAAGUCAGGAAUCAAUCUAAAGAAGGUGUGGUGGCUGGAGGAACACAACAGAUCAAGGAUCAGUGCUAAAUAUCCUGGACUAACUCUGGCAGCUAAAAGUAGUUUCACUAGCUUCAAACAGUUUCAAAGGAACAACAUAUCAAUAGCAAAUGAGCACUGGUCAACCACUGGGGACAUUAUAAAGCGUCUACAGUCUCUCAGGAUGGCUAUCAACAUGUACACCAUUGAUUCUGUUAUAUUAUAUGAGUAUGCUUGGUGUCUGGGAGUUGAUACUGUCACCACCAACAACUGUCAGCUACUCAAUAACCACAUACACAACUACCUACACGAGGCUUGUCAUUCGAUACUUUUGGCUACACCAUGGCUACUCAUACUGAUUGUUGCUCUUCUUUGCCUUUCCAUAUUAACUAUAUAGUGUUUCUGGUAUUAUUAGUUUAAUGUUGAUAAUAAGGAUUUUUUUAAACUAGAAAUAACGUUAAGGGACUGAAGGGGGUAACAUAGAAAAUUUACACAAAAAUAACCGGAACA